AAUAACUUAAAAGCGCUUAGCAAAAGAAAAGAAAAUGAAGAGUACUAUUUUUGUUUUGACUCUUCUAAUAUUCGUUUCAUUAUGUACAUCGGAAAUAGUGGUUCCUUCUUCUUUUAAGCGUGUCGAAGGUCCUGUAACAGCUGCAUCGGCUGAUUUUUGUUACAAGUGUUCACGUGGUUGUUAUAGAAGGUAUCGACGUCCUGUUUUUUGUCAAGGCUCUAUCUGUCGUUGUUCUUCCUUUAUUGAUGAUGGUUAUUGAUAACUUAUAUAAUUAAUAAAUUAAAUAACUUUAU